GACAAGCUCACUGCAGAGGCAUAACGAGCCCGGCGUUUCGGCUACCCUACCUCGGACAACAUCAAAAACUAAUGUAUUUUUAACUUUACUCACUUCUUUCUUGUGUCGGACUGCUGUCAAGUACAGGCAACAGUUAACCACAAUUAACAGCGAGUGGACGGAAUACGAAAGCGGAAGAACUUUCUGUUAGCAUAGUGCGGCAUUAGUUAGCUAAAGUAGUUAGCCGACAAGUAGCUGAUUUAAACAUUUCACGGUAGCGGCUAGCAGGCUAGCUUGCUCCGUGUGCUGUCAUGCCCGGAGUUCUUCGAGAUUUCACUUCGUAAACGAGAAUACCCAGGCGUUAACGUUAGCUGGUUAGCUUCCAGACGGCCAGCAGCAGUUUGUACCAGCGCCGAGGCGUAGGCAGGGCGGACAGGACUUGGAGCGGUGACAGGUCUGAACUCACUCACAGCCGAGGUUGGUGCUUUCCUACGGCGACCUGUGCUUCAGCCGUCUGGAGAUCGGUUACUCGCAAAGCCUAAGACUCUCUGUUGAGAUGAGAGGGAGCUUGCCUUGCUGAGUAUCUGCGAAAUGGUCGUGGAGCUGUAACAUAGCCAAAGGUUUUAAAUAAGAUAUCUCAGCCCGGCUCACACGGAGUGUCAGCCUUUCUCUUUGCCAAAAUAUCAUCCGUCAAGACUGCAGAAAUGCUGACUGACAACAGGAAACGACACCGUAGUUGUGACAGCGAGGAAGACCAACAGCUGAGUCCUCAGGCCAAGAGAUCAGGAGGAGGUCCCAGCCUGCUCGUGUCAGAUCUGGACUCAGAGUCUUCCAGCAGCGACAGCAGUAACGGGAUCAGUAGUCCAGAGACAGCAAUAGUGGUUACCACCAGGCCAUGCAUACACAGCCAGAACAACCGCAUCACCCAGUCCUCCCCCAGCCCAAAGCCUGAAGACUCCGCUAUUUCCUUGCAGCACGGUUUCCAUGGCGACGGCAGCAGUCUCUCCUAUGACUACAUCAAUAGAGUCCUGAGGGAGGCGCACUUCAGUAGUCUGCAGACAAGAGGACGUCCGGGCUCGACAUGACCAUGACCUCUGACCCCUCUCCUGACCUUUGGCCCCUCACCCAUCAGUGGUGAAACUGCUGGCUCCUCCUCGAAAGUCUCAAGUGACACGCUCGGGUCAAAGGGAAGAGGGGCGACGUGUGGGGAGGUUUACAGAUUUUUGGGCGUAAAGGCUCAUCCCCACCUCACCAUGUACCAUUUGUCAAGACCAUAAGCACAUCCGCCUUUCCAUGGCCCAGCCACUGUGGUUUUCUGUGCAGUAUUGAUGUAUAAGUGUGUUUGUUUGUGUGUGUGUGUGUGCGCGUGUGUGUGUGUGUGCACGCACCCUGUGCACUUUAUAAAGAGAUAUCAUUCUCUUUACAUGUGUGUGUUGAUGCGUGGACAUUUUCAUUGGUGCUAAUCACAAGAAACGUGUGAUGAUCCAAAGUGCUUGCAGAACUAAAUAAAGCUUAGCACUUUACUUAAUAACUCCUCAUCCUGUUUACUCUCGACUGGGUAAGUCAGUCGCAUGUUUGUAUCAGUGAAGUGGGAAUUGUAGUGAUCCAUUUCACAAAGGAAGUUCAUCCAGGUAAACGGACUCACUCCCAAGGAGCAUAAUUAAAACAACCUAGUUAUAACAUGUUAGGCCUUAGUUGUUCCCUCCAGCCAAAGUAGUAAAGUUAAAGUACAGUGAAUUUGCCCUUGCUCUUCCUCAAGUACUACAUCUAAAUGAAUCUAUAAUGUUCUGGUGUGGCAGGUCAGUAGGUUCAAGGUAAUGGAGCACAGAUUCCUCAUGAGCCUUGCCACCAAAAUCCAACCUCAGAUUAGACCCAAGCUAAUUAUAGAGCCGUGAGAGCAAGCGCUGAAGUCUGCAGCACAGACGUCGUCACGCUCAGCACAGUGCUUCUGACAAACACGGCCUCAAGACAAAAAGCUCUCUGAAUCAGUUUGUAACCACGUGUUUACUUCUUUAACAUCUUACACUUUGUAUGUGUGUGUGUGUGUGUGUGUGUGUCGUAAGCCUGUCAGCCAGACUUGAUUAUGUAUGGUUUAAUAUGACCAGCACACUGUGUUGCAAAUAAAAAUGAGAGAUGUAUGAGUGAUUCAUAUUUUAUGUAAUUUGCCAAAUCAUUUGACAUUGAAAUAAAGCGUUUGCUGAAAGUAA